GUUUCCUCUUUUCUCUUUCAAAGCUGCAACAACCGCCGUACAAUCUCAUGUAGUUGGGGAAGUAUGCUUAGGAUCUGAAUUGGGAAACAAAUAUUUCGGAGACUCCUGGAAUAUCCUUCACGUUUUCUCCCGAGAGUUUAGAGAUGUUUGGCUGCAAGUGUUUCUAUUGGAACAGAAUCUCUAAUUUAUCGUCUCCUCCUGAACCGGAGCCUUUUUCUCUGCCGAGGCCGCUUCCUCGAUGGCCUGAAGGUCAAGGUUUUGCCAGCCGAAGAAUUUGUCUGGGAGAAAUCGAAGUUGUUCAAAUCACCAAGUUUGAGAGUGUUUGGAGCUACAGUUCAUUGAAUGAUAGCAGAAAAGGUGUUGUAUUCUAUAAACCCAUAGGAAUCCCAGAUGGCCUUUUCAGCCUUGGUUAUUACUGCCAACCAAUUGAUCAGCCUUUACGAGGGUUUGUUCUUGCUGCUGGAGAAGUGGUUCCUUCUGAUGCAAAAGAUAGGCAUUUUUUCCAAACAAGUGACUCACCAGCUCUUACCAAGCCUGUUGACUAUACACUAGUUUGGAGUUCAGAUGACUGGGAUGGCGACAAUCAUGAUGGAUGUGGUUACUUUUGGUUGCCAGAAGCACCUGAAGGUUAUAAAGCUAUGGGACAUGUGGUCACUAACCAGCCAGGCAAGCCUUCACUUGAAGAAGUGAGAUGUGUCCGAGCUGAUCUCACAGAGACCUGUGAGACCAAUAGUUUAAUUCUUAAAAUAAACUCCAAUUCUCCCAAAUUCCCAUUUCGGGUUUGGAAAACAAGACCCUGCCAUAGAGGAAUGUUGGGUAAAGGUUUGUCUGUUGGAACAUUCUUCUGCAGUAGCUACUGGACCUCUGGAGAUGAGCUGAAUAUUGCAUGCUUGAAAAACCUCGAUUCAAGCCUGCAUGCAAUGCCAAAUCUGGAACAAGUCCAUGCUCUUAUCAAACACUAUGGGCCUACAGUUUUCUUCCAUCCAGAUGAGAUAUAUUUGCCUUCUUCUGUGGCAUGGUUUUUCAAAAAUGGAGCCUUGUUAUACAGAAAAGGCGAGAUAGAUGGUGAGGCAAUUGACGCUAGAGGCUCAAACCUUCCAAAUGGUGGCAGUAAUGAUGGGGAAUAUUGGAUAGACUUGCCAAAUGAUGAUCGUCGGAAAAGUGUUAAAUGUGGCAACAUUGAAAGUGCAGAACUCUAUGUUCAUGUGAAACCGGCCUUGGGGGGAACCUUCACGGAUAUUGCAAUCUGGGUCUUUUGUCCCUUCAAUGGGCCAGCCACUAUCAGGGUUGGGGUUUUAGAUUUUGAACUCAGCAAGAUAGGACAGCAUGUUGGUGAUUGGGAGCAUUUCACGCUCCGUGUGAGCAACUUCACUGGUGAGCUCUUGAGCAUAUACUUCUCACAGCACAGCGGUGGUGAAUGGGUGGAUGCAUGGAACUUGGAGUUCAUUGAAGGGAACAAGCCAAUUGUUUAUUCGUCAAAACACGGUCAUGCAAGCUUCCCACACCCUGGGAGCUAUAUUCAAGGUUCUGAGAAACUGAGGAUAGGAGUGAGGAAUGAUGCUGCUCGAAGCAGCUUUUACGUGGAUUCGAGUAUCAAGUAUCAAAUUGUUGCAGCUGAGUACCUUGGCGAUGGAAUCGUUACAGAGCCAUGUUGGUUACAGUAUAUGAGAGAAUGGGGUCCAACCAUUGUGUAUAAUUCACGAUCAGAACUUGACAAGAUAAUUAGUUUUCUCCCAGUGCUGAUCAGGUUUUCUGUGGAGAACAUUUUUGACAAAAUCCCAAUGGAACUUUCUGGAGAGGCAGGACCUACCGGACCCAAGGAGAAGAAUAACUGGGUGGGAGAUGAAAGAGGGUAGGUUGGUUUCAUUCGCCAUCUACCGUACAGAGUUCCAUAAAUAUUACCAAUCUGGGUGUUUUGGGCAUUUUUUUUUGUAACAGUAUGUAUAGUUAGUCAUUCCUUUUGGCAUAUAUAAGAUAGUGAGAGAUGUACUUUGACAAAAAGUCAAAAUUUUUA